AUGAUCAAGCAAAAUAAAGGCAAUGAUAAAAAAGCAGGUCUGCUUUUGAAAUUUGAGAAGUUCCAGCAACUGAAAGAAAAAGAUUUGAAGGAAAGUGCCUCUAUUCCCACUAUCAGAAUAGAUUAUUCAGUAGAACAUACCAAUAGCAUCCAGUCAACCUCUAUAAGGUCUUUCCCUAAGCUAAAGAUCAUUCAACCAGCGAUUAGUACACAGGUGAUAAAAGAACAGUCUAAAAUAUAUGGCAGGUUCAAGGAUCAUGCCAAACUCUCAAGCUGGCAAGUAGCUGUAAAUGAUGCAGCAUUUGUAAUAACACAAGAAGCACCACACAAGAUGUAUGACUGUGCUCAGUUGAAAUUGGCUGCUGAGGAAAAAGCAUGCAAAUCCUACAUAUUCAAAUGA